AUGACAGAGGACGGGACUAGAGUGUGGAGAUCAAUAGGAGAUCAACUGGAGGUGAAGAUUAAGACUCUGCGUCUGUCUCACUCCAUCAAUGACGAGGAGGGAAAAUACGUGACGUUGAGGAAGACUCAGAUUAAGAAGUGGCUGAAAGGUCAGGGUUUCAACUGUGAACUGGAGGAUGUUCCUAACAUAGCGUUGCUGGGGUCAGGUGGAGGAGAGAGGGCAGCAGUGGGCAUGCUGGGAUCUCUGCAUCAGCUGGAACAGGACAACCUGCUGGGCAGCCUCCUCUACAUGUGUGGGGUGUCAGGCACCACCUGGUGCAUGUCAUCCCUGUACAGCGAUCCAGAUUGGUCAUUGAAUAAGCGUUGUGAUGAGGUGAUAAAGACGCUGAAGGGUCCUACAGUGAACUUGAGCAAAGCUGUGGAGUGGCUGAAAUUGAGGAAAGAAGAAAACCAGGACUUCAACCUCACUGACUUCUGGGGCGCCUUCACUGCCUCCUAUUUCAUGAAAGAGAUGAACACUCGCCGUCUCUCUGAAGAAGCUCACAGGAACAGCACCAACCCCUACCCCAUCUACAGCGCCAUAGAACUGGAGCACAAAAGACUGGGCUGCACUAAAGGGGUGUGGUUUGAGAUGACCCCCCACGAGAGUGGCUUCUCCGGAUUGGGAGCUUUCGUCUCCACUUCCUGUCUUGGGAGCCAGUUUGAAGGUGGAGCUAUGAGAGAGAAGAGGAAGGAAAUGGACAUGGUUCUGCUGCAAGGUAUCUGUGGGAGUGCCAUUGCAGAUACUCAGAGGAACAAUGCGGAGGUAUUACAAUGGAUCUGGGACUUACUGCGAGGGCACGAGAGCAUGAUGUUGAAAGAGAACAUGAAUAUGGUUGAGAGAAGCGGGAAGGUAAAGGUGUGUGAGUGUGUGCCCUCCCGAGUGGUGAGGUGUGUGUCUGAGCUGAUCAAGUAUGCUGAGGACCCAGAUCCACUGAAGACAAGGGAAGUCAUCACCACACUGGGACAACUACUGGAAGGUCUUGUGAGCAGUAAGGGUGAGAUGCUGUGGAACAUGGACCCUGAGAGUUGGAAGAGAACCAGCCUGGUGGAGAGAAAGAAGUUCAUAGAGACAGUCAGUCUGGAGCUCAUCCUCUCCUCAGACAGCUGGGCAAAAGACUGGAAGGACAAACGCUGCCCCUGCAUCGAUGGAUCAAAGUAUAUGGUGACUACGGGACAGACGGUUAAUUUGUCAAUAACAAACUCCUGGUUCUUUGAUGGCUGGUGGAUUCUACAGAACAUUUCCCCUCUGGUCCAAACAUGGGAAUGGGGAACCAAGUCCAACUUCCUCUUUAAGGUCCAAGAUGCUAGAGUUCCGGAGAGCAUGGCAUCCAAAGAGAAGAUUCACCUGGUAGACGCUGCGUUAAAGAUCAACUCUCCCUACCCUUCUGUCCUGCGCACUUCGAGGAAGGUCGACCUCAUAAUUUCCUUGGACUUCAGCGAAGAAGACCCAUUUGAGACGGUGUUUAGUGCCAAAAAGUACGCGGAUGAGCUGAAGCUUCCCUUUCCCCCAGUGAAUGAGGAUAUAAGGAAGGAGAAAGACCAUCCUCAGGACUGCUACGUUUUUGAGGGGCGACGCCCUGAAGAGCCCACCAUCAUGCACAUGCCCCUGUUCAACCUGCGGAACUGCCAUGACGAGAAAGGGUUUAAGAAGGAGAGGGAGAGUUACAAAACAUUCCAGCUUCACUACGGUGCGCCGGAGAUCGACCACCUCCUGGAGAAGGCCCAGGACAACAUGAGGAACAACAGAGACAGGAUCCUGGGACAGAUCAUUAUGGCCAUCCAACGCAGAAAGAAGCGCAUGUCAAUGGCUCAAUAGUUUUUAUCAGUGGUGGAAAGUAUCUGUACUUUACUAUUAAUACUUGACAACUUUUACUUCACGACAUU